AAAACAACAUUUGCCUAUUUGCUAUCGAGCCGAAACACGGAAAAACACACAUCAACUCACCAUGAUCAUAUUCCUCUACCUAAUCCUGGUACUGGCCUGGGCGUUGCUUAUCAUCAUUCUCAAGUGCAAAAAAGCACGGGCCAAGCGGUUGGCCGAGCAGGAAGAAAUGACGCAGCAGGUACACGUGGUGCAGAUCGGCUCGAACCUCUACGACAUCAUGUCACUGCAUCGGGACAACUAUAGCGGGGUGUACAGCUGCAUGGAGCACGGCACGAUCGCGCAACAUCGGCAGCGUUCUUCGGCCAGCGUUACCCACUCGAAUGCGGCCUUCGUCGGUGACGAUGGUGCCAUCUAUCCUGGCAACAGUUUGGCCCUGGAACCUCCACCGUCGUACGAGGAAGUGAUACGACUUCCGGCCUACUAUCCGAAAGUGGAAACAUUUAUACCGGAAAUGGUUGUGCCACCACCGGCCACAGCUCGACCCCAAACGACAGCCGUCCAUCAGCCCACACUGCAUCGAUCUACAACCAGUCACGCUCAGACGGAUCGCAGCCAGACGACAUCCACGCCGUUAACGGGAACGCCGGAACAACUGGCCAGCAGUGGCCGGUUGACCGAACCGAUGGACGCAAAUGGAAACCGCGUCAAAGUCAUCCUCACCACAAAUGACGCACCGGAUACGGCUCCCGGUCAGAUCGCGAUUUCCUAACGUGGUUCCAUCCCCACAGCUGGCUGUAUUUUGACGCGAAAGUGACGUUAAGUGCCUACUUAUGCCUCGGUCAGAAAGCGGACAGUGGGAGGCCAAAGGAAACACCCCCAACGACUGGAGCACGUUUUAACGGACUAAUGGAAGCGCCAGGAAGAAUCUUAGGCAUAUCUUGAACAGAUUUUUGUUCGUUUCACAUAAUCAGGAUGUUUUUCUUUAAAACCCUUUGCUUAAACGCACAAAUAGUGACACGAGCGAGCGGCGGUGCGUCCAUGUGCAUGUGGCAUAGAAGUAUUUAUUAGUAGAUUUUCGAUUGGAAAGUGUAUGUUGUAAGCUAACGUAAAAAAACGAAAGUAAGUUAAAAUGACCGUAUGUUUAUAAAACAUAUAUACGCUGUGAGGAGAAAUAUAAAAACAUAACAAAAAUAACUUCACACAUUACUUCGUUUUAAUAAAUCGGUGUUUA